UGCCACGAUAACAGCACGUCCAGGGACAUGAGCGAUGCUCUUACAACUUAGUGACAAUAAACGCUGAUUAUACGUUUUCGGUGACUACGUCAGAAUGGGAUAACGUACCAUGUAGUCUUGUUACGAUUGACGACAUGUCCGAGCAAAAUGAAAUAGCCAAUGCACCGGAUAACAACGACGACAUGUGGAUUGGGCUUCAUAAGGUAGCGAACUCACCAGAAUUUACCUGGAUAGAUAAUACAGCACGGGAUUACAUAAAUUUCCAGCCAAAUGACCGACCCAGUAUUAGUGACCGUAAAUGUGUUUACAUGACAGGAGGAAAUAACAACAAAUGGCAAUCGAAGGACUGUAAUACUCGUUUGAAAUACAUCUGCGAAACACCUUCGGUAAUAGUAACUACACCAGAGUCAACUACGCCCGAACCGCCAACAACAACUGCGAUGUCGGUAACUACGCCAAAACCAACGACCGACCCGGAACCGACAACUACGAUGACGGUAACUACGCCUGUACCAACCACCGACCCGGAACUGACAACUACGAUGUCGGUAACUACGCCAAAACCAACCACCGACCCGGAACCGACAACUACGAUGAUGGUAACUACGCCUGUACCAACCACCGACCCGGAACCGACAACUACGAUGUCGGUAACUACGCCCAAAUCGACGACCGACUCGGAACCGACAACUAAAAUGAUGGUAACUACACCUGAACUAACCACCGACCCGGAACCAGCAACUACGAUGUCUGUAACUACGCCUAAACCAACGACCGACUCGGAACUGACAACUACGAUGUCGGUGACUACGCCUGAACCAACCACCGACUCAGGACCGACAACUACGAUGUUGGUAACUACACCCAAACCAACGACCGACCCGGAACCGAAAACUACGAUGACGGUGACUACGCCCGAACCAACUACCGACCCUGAACCGACAACUAAAAUUACGGUAACUACGCCCGAACCAACCACCGACUCAGAACCGACAACUACGAUGUCGGUAACUACACCCAAACCAACGACCAACCUGGAACCGACAACUACGAUGUCAGAACCAACAUCCAUACUUAUGAACUGUUUAAGAAAUCUCACAUAUAAUGAUCAAAAAACUGUUUUCAUGAGAAAUAUACCGAUUAGUGAAACUUUCAACGAAGUUUGCUCUUUUGAUUACGUCAUCGCUCGCCAUGUGUCGGUCUCUCGGACACGAUGUGUUUUAGGGUGCAAGCAUCAUGAGGCUUGUUAUUCUGUCAACAUCGUAGAAGUUUCACCUGGUGAUAAUUUGGACGGUAGCAGACACUUCUAUUGUGAAUGGAUAGGUGCUAAGCAAGUUGGUACUGAUGCCAUAAUGCAAUUGGAUACACAUCGGAACAUUCGAGCUCGUUUUCAAUUCGUGAAAAUGCACUAGUGCUGCUCGUGUUAGGUCCCUAAGCAAAUCGUCAUCAACAUCAUAAUAAUGAUUGUGACUUAAAGAUUAUUCAUAGAACUGUGGUGACAGAAAAUGGGGUGUCCACCCAGAGGCUUCACACCCUGAGAGCAUUGACAAUGAAUUUUAUCAUGUUCAGUGAGUCCUCCUGUAGUAAUUCAUAAAAAUACGAGAAAAGGGCCACUGAAGUGAAGUUAGACUAUGUAGUAUCAAAAGGUGGCCUUGGGUUUUUAUAAAAAGAAACACUCGAAACAAAAAAAAAGUAGUAUUUAUGUGGUCUACGGUAAUAAAACAUGAUUUUGUACAUUAAUAUACUGUACUACUUAAUGAAAGUGCUAGGCGGAGUUUGUCUGAUUUUGCACAAUUUCAACCAAUUAUAGGCCUACUUGUAAAAACUUUAUCUUCGUUGUUAGUUUCUGAUCACAGAGCAUUUAUUUUCGAAAAUCCGAAAAACGUCCCUGGUUGCGAUACAGGUAUCCCCCUCUAUUUAAGACCCCUCCAAUUAAAGACCACGUCCAGGUAAAGACCACUUUUCUGUGGUCCCAAAUUAACAAAUGUCUUUUAUCUUUAUUGUUAUUAGAAACCAAAGUUGCUAAAGGCCAUGGAAACCCCGAUCCGAAAAGUGAUCUUUAAUUGGAAGGAUACCUGUAUGAAAUAAAAUUCUUAGUUAAAUGAUGAUUAUGCUCAUGUUUUAUCAUAAUGAAUUUAAAAUUGUUAGCACUGAUCAAACAGUCUACAUAACGGUAUUACUGGUACUUUUAGCCAUCUGAUUUCAGACAUUUGGCAGCCAUUAAAAAACACAUACUGUAUUGGAAACACACUUUGAUUAAUUGAAGAUGUGAAAAAAAAUCAUAAUUUUUUUGUUUAUCUCUUUUAAAUGGAUCUUAAUAUGGUAGGCCUAUUCGAUAUAAUAGGAAACAUAUAAUAUACGUACAGUAGUUCUAAGACAAUUACAUUUUUAGUAAAGUAAGUGGCAGUCGCCUGGUAAAGAUUUAUGAGCCUUUUCGGAUCGUCAAUCAAAUUUUAACAAAUGAAUCAGAAGGGCCUUAUGAGCUUCUACAAACUUACCUAUCAUAUUAAAAUAUAAAUAAAAUUAAGAGGAAUAACUGCUAAUAUGAUAAAAUAAGCUUAUUUUAUUUAUAUUUUAAUAUGAUUGGUAAGCUAAUAUCUGCAAUGGCGUAUCUAGGAG